UGAAAAUGUGGAGCAAGUUACAUUUUCUGUGGAUUUUCAUUUAUUUCUUAAUAGAUCUCAACGAUGCUGUGCCAGUGGAAAUGCUACCACGUUUCAAGCAUUUGGGACAUCGACCAAAUGUCAGUACAAAUCUAGCAGCAGAAUUGAUUUCAACGACUACUACUACCCCAUCUCCCGCCUUACAGCCUGAGCCAGCAAAUUUUGAAUAUGCUUUACUUGGUCAGGAUCCCAAGGAUCAGCAUUGGUAUAGGGUUAGUUUAACACCCAAAGUUGCUGGCAAUAAGUCAGGAGGUGGCUAUCGUGCACAGUUUGCAACUAGAAAAUUACCACCCUACAAUGAACAAUUGGCUCACAAGCAUGACAAGACCAUUACCGAUUUACUCAAUUGGUUGGAACAAUCUGAGGAAAGAAAUCUUCUAAAGGUCUAUCAAAAUCUAUUGGCCCAUGAGGCAAAAGAACAAGAGCAAGCCAAUGCAAAUAAAAAUACAAAUACAAUUGAAAUUGAAUCUGGAAAUGAAAAUGAAUCUCGGCCACGACAAAGACAAAGCAAAGAAAGCAAUCAACCAUUGUUAUUGCUAAGUGACAGCGAAGCUGGUCCACAGGAGCAGCUACAGGAGGAGAAAGUAAAAAUAACACCUUCAAAUAUCUUUAAUUCCACUGAAACUGAUACUAAAAUGGUUAACAAUUUUGUCUAUUUUAUUAAGGGACUUGAAUAAACCAACAAAUAUAAAACGUAAUAAUUUAAA